AUGAGACGCAAAUACACCUCCAAGGCCUGUGACGAGUGUCGUCGAUGUCGAACCAAGUGCGAUGGGAAACGGCCUGUUUGCUCUCGCUGCCAGCUUCGCUCUAUCAGCUGCCAAUAUAGGACUGAAGAGGAUGGGCGUAGACCAGCCCCGAAAUCAUACGUGGAGAUGCUCCGCAGCCGGAUUGACUAUCUGGAAAAUGUCAUUCGGUCACAUUCUAUAGAUGUUGAUAAUUCUGCCGCACUGGCAGUGAGAGAUGAUGUAUCUGGUGAAAAUACGCUGUGUCUUGGAAGUGGUUGCUAUGACCGUGACAGUCAUUCGACAGAGGACUUGAGUGAAGCAUUCGAGGGAGCGCUGUCGUUGGAUGGGUCACUCAAGUAUGAUCGAGAUGGAGAAGUGCAUUAUUUUGGAGCUACAAGCGGCCAUCUUCCUUUCCAGACAGUUCAAGACAUCCCCGACUCAACGCAGGAACAGGAUCGGAAAGCACCUGCGCCCUCUCGUAAAGAGAACAACAGUUUGACUGGCACCGCAGAGCAGAUGUAUAUUCCCGAGGAGCUUAAGGAUAAUCUUCUCGAUUUGUACUUUAAGUGGCAGAAUCCCUGGCUUCAAGUCGUCAACGAAAAACUAUUCCGUGAAAGUGAACAAUCCGGCGGCCGGUAUUCUAGUCCUCUGCUACUGAACUGCAUGCUCGCGUUGGGCUCGCGAUUCUCUGACAGGACUGAUAUUCGAUCUGCUCCCGAAGACCCAAGCACAGCAGGCCGGGUAUUUCUGCAGGCGGCUGAAACGCUUCUUCAAUACGAAAUGAAAUGGCCCUCCAUCACAACCAUCCAGUCCUUGGCCAUUAUGAUAGACAUGUAUAUUAGCAUAGGGGCAGAUGCGGCAUCAUGGCUCCACCAAGGAAUGGCAAACCGCCUGGUCCUAGACAUGGGCCUCAAUCUCGACGCAGAAACCCUCGAUGGAUCGGAUAUAAUAUCACACGAGGAAGUCGAGUUGAGGCGGCAGAUAUUCUGGGCCUUGUAUUGCGAUGACAAACUGUCCGCUGCUUAUACUGGGCGAGUCUGUUCGAUGCUGGAUAUCCAAGCACAGGUCAAACUGCCCUCGAUCCCAAGCCGUGACUUGUAUCAGCAUAGCAUAAAUCCGUAUCAACACACCGUUCUUCUCAGGGCUUUCAUCCACAUCUCUCAAAUAUCAGAGAAGAUCAUUCUCGGGCUUUACGCCCCCAAGGCUACUCAUCGUGGGUCUUCUAAACUCCCAUCAUUCCUGGAGUCUCGUCUCCUCGACCUCAAGAACUGGUACUAUGAUCUUCCAUCCGAACUACGGCUCGACCGUCCAAUACCUGGAAGUGGUCCCCUCCCACAAGUUUACACCCUGCAUAUGGUGUACCAUACAAACUACAUUCUCCUUCUGAAACCUCUCAUCUCCAGCGUUUCUAGUGGCUCACGCCGUGGAAACGUAAAUAAAAGCAUAUCCGACCAUGUCUUGUGUCUUGCCAGAAAAGCCGCCUCGAUGAGUGUCACCGCCGCGAAAAGAAUAUGUGCGGUAGGCCGAAAGUAUCAGCAAGCCUUUGGUUCAUUUCGACAGAGCGCAGUAACUGCAACUUACUGUUCUUUGUCAGCGGCACUUAUAUUGAUCCAGUCGGAAUACCCACGCAGUCAUACUAACUUGUCCUUGACUGGCAAUUCCGCCGACCUCGAAACGCUUUUGCUGGUCUUGGAUGAGCUAUCGACUUCGUGGGAUAUCGCACGACGGAUACGUCGAAGUCUGGUUCGAUUGCUAGAAGAGAAAUCAUCACCCCUACCUUCUCAGAAUCUGGCGAUAGAGCAGUCAUCAUUUCAACAUAAUCUCCUAGUUCCAUCGCUCGAGGGAUCGGCUUCUUGUCCUCUCGCCAACGCCGCCACCGAGACACAAAUAUCCGAUGAAGCACUUUCAUCAUUCUCGACUCUUUUCCCAGCUUCUACCACAACAACAAAUGGCCGUGAAGGAAUCACUGCAGCACCGGAACCUUUGGGAUGGCCGCUAUGGGAAAAUAUGGACUUUGCCUUGGACGGUGCUGGCUCACUGCCAGUCGACUACAACUGCUUUGAUACUCUAAGUAGCGCUAUUUUUGACAUUCCAGCAGAUUGGGACUCGAUGUAG